AUAUAUAUAUAUAUCUACAAAUUCAAUAUUCCUUGUGAUAUAUUCCCACGUGUUUAUUCUCUCUCAACCCCUUCUCGGUAACGUUAACCUCUCUUCCAACCUGGGGUCUUAGUCUUACCAUUUUUCUAGAUGUCUUGAAUUCUUGUUCUCCCCGGUAAGCUGCAUACUCUCUACAAUCAGAUAUCUUUCACUGGAAAUGAAGAUUUCUCAUAAAUUUUCAUCGCUCUUUCAUCUCAGAUCAAUGCUACCGUCUUUUUUUCUCAUUCUUUCUUGCAUGAUCAGCAGCAGCCCACAAAAAGCCUCCACGAAAUCCCCUCAUCAUGAUUUUUCCUACUUGAAAUCGGCCGUCUCAUCUCUGAGCAAUCCCCCCGAGGUCGAAUCCAAGAAUCAGUCGUCAUCAUCAGGGAUGAAAUCUUUAGUCCCGGAUUUUGAUACAGACGGCAGGGUUUGGAGCAGGGAGUGGUCGGAAGAAAUCUUGAAAAUCGCCAAGAAACCCGAGAAUGUAAAAUGGAUAAAAUCGGUCCGAAGGAGAAUCCACGAGAACCCGGAAUUAGCUUUUGAAGAAGUCGAGACGAGUCGGCUUAUUCGCCGGGAAUUGGAUGAACUGGAUAUAAGCUACCGUUUCCCAUUGGCUAAAACGGGGAUUAGAGCAAUGGUUGGAACCGGGAGUCCGCCUUUUGUGGCUAUCAGGGCUGAUAUGGAUGCUUUGCCAAUUCAGGAAGCUGUUGAAUGGGAGCACAAAAGCAAGCAUGCUGGUAAAAUGCACGCGUGUGGACACGACGCACAUGUAGCUAUGCUCAUAGGUGCGGCCAAGAUUUUGAAGGCCCGUGAAGAACACUUAAAGGGGACUGUGAUACUUCUGUUUCAGCCGGCUGAGGAGGCCGGCAAUGGAGCCAAGAGAAUGAUAAGAGAGGGUGCACUUGAAGAUGUUGAGGCUAUAUUCGCAAUGCAUGUGUCCCAUCUGCUCCCUACAGCCGUCAUUGGGUCAAGAUCGGGCCCUUUGCUUGCUGGUUGUGGCUUCUUCAAGGCUGUUAUUACUGCUGAACAGAGCCGAGCCCUGAAUCUGUGUCACUCGGCAGACACUGUCCUGGCUGCGUCAGCAGCAGUUAUCAGUUUACAGGGCAUUAUAUCUCGGGAAGCAAAUCCGCUGGACUCUCAGGUGAUAUCUGUUACUUUCUUCAACAGUGGAGAUGAUGUUGAUGUGAUACCAAACAUGGUGGAGUUUGGGGGCACCUUUAGAGCUUUUUGCAACACGACCUUCCACCACCUUCUCAAAAGAAUCCAAGAGGUAAUCGUAGCUCAAGCCAGUGUCUAUGGAUGCUCGGCAACAGUGAACUUCUUCAAGAACACAGACUCAAUCUACCCGCCGAUGGUGAAUGAUGACCGGAUGUAUGAACACGUGAAGAGGGCUGCCGUUGAUCUGGUAGGGCCGACAAACUUCAAGGUGGUCCAGCCAUUAAUGGGUUCUGAGGACUUCUCAUUCUACUCUGAGGUGAUCCCCGCAUCCUUCUUCUUCAUCGGGAUCAAGAAUGAAACCAUAGGAUCCGUGCACUCAGCACACUCACCGCAUUUCAUGAUCGACGAAAAUGCCCUUCCGGCAGGCGCAGCAACUCAUGCAGCCAUCGCCGAGAGAUAUCUACACGAGCGUAGUGUCUCAAUCAGCAUGCUUCGUCAAGACAAAACUUUUCUUACUUAGUUAAAAAGUGGAAAUCGGUUAAGUUACGUUCCUUGUUGAGAAGCAUUAGAGUAUUUAUUUGUUCUUUUCUUUUAACAUUUUCUCAUGUAAAUCUGCAUACUAGAACUGGGGCAAAUGCUGUAAAUUGCAGGGUAUAGAUCUCAUUUCCAUGCAGGGCGGCUACUGAUUUUAGGUGCAACUUGGUAGUCCCAUAACAUAAAUAAUAAUUGUUCCUAUGAAAUGAUGAGACCAAUUAUAGCAUAAGAAAAUU